AUGGCGGACAAGCAGUAUAAGUACCGGCAGGAGAUCAGCCAGCACGCACCGGGGGGCCAGAACCGACGCAAUGGAGGCUGGCUGUUGUUGAGCCAAGCCUUGCGCGGGAGGAAUGGCCAGGUGCAAACGGAAGAGAGCACUACUAGUGGACUGAGAGCUCCUGUUGCGAGUGCGACGUAUCUAUGGACAUCAGCGAACUUGAACGGUCCGUCGGCAUAUGCCUGA